AUGGCUAUGAUUCAGAACGCCGAGAAAGCUGUGGAUCUUGUGAUGGCGAAAGAGCAUCGUUUGAACCGACUCAAACAGCUCCAUACUAAUGGAGAUCAUGUCCUUAAUAUCUCAAAGACCCAUAUCGGUGGAAAGCGUAUCCAACAAUUACAACCACCGAGCGAAAACCGUCCGGUGAAGAAACUCAAGAUGACGUCGCCGUCUUCUUCCGAUGCGAUGGUGGUGGAGGCCUGGAGACGUCAAGUUCAUCAGCAAAUUUUUGGGGAUUUUGACGACGACGAUGUGGAUGAUAGUAUUAUCAAGGUCGCGGGAAAAGAUCAGAAAACAGAGCCCAGUUUCGGAGAACAAAGGGAUGAUCUUGGAAAAUCAGAUGAUGUUCAAAGUAUACUCAGGGACGUCGUAAAAGGCCCAGCUGCAAAUUUUGGUUCUUUGAAACCGGAACAUGUUAAUGGAAAUAAAGUUGCAGCAAUCAUUCCGGAGGAAAAAAGUUCCGGUUCUCAGAAACAGGGGAAGAUUACUGGAAAGAAACUAGUGACAAAAACUUCAGCGAAAAAUUUGUUCGGACAUGGGAAACAGGGGAAUCGUGUCUUGGGGGAAAAUGUUGUAGCAGAAAUUCAAGGGGACAGAACCAAUGACAAAAUCAGGGACCAGAUUCGGGAAGACCUAGCAAAAUCAUUGAGUAAGGUGGCAACUGAAAUUGAUGAAAAAGGGGAGGAAGCAGGAAAGGUCUUAUCUUGUGAUCCAUUGUAUGUUGCUGCCAUGGUGGAAACUGAACUGUUCAAAGCCUGGGGAUCCUGUGGCAGAGCCAACAAAGCCAAGUAUCGGUCGGUGAUGUUCAAUUUGAAAGAUAAUAAGAACCCUGAUUUCCGCAAGAAAGUUCUUCUAGGGGAGUUCACCCCUGAAUCUAUCAGUGAAUUGACACCAAAAGACAUGGCAAGCCAGGCAAGAAAGUUGGAGGACGAGCAAAUCAGGGGAUUGCCGAAGUUCAAUCGCGAAAUACGUCCGCCACCGGAGCUAAAGGGGGAAGGGAAUCCGGAGCUGCAGUGCCGCAGAUGCGAGUUUUCUGCAACAACUUAUAGUCAGAUGCAGACCCGAAGCGCCGACGAGCCGAUGACUAUCUUAGUGCAUUGCCACAAUUGCGACAACAAUUGGAAAGUUUAA